ACGGGAGUCGAGCCUGGCACGGGAACCUGGGCAGCAGAGGGACCUGCCGCUCUCGAGAUUUCUCUCCCCGGGCAGCUCCCGCGCCGAGGCCCCAGGAGGCUGCUCAGAGCAAGCAGGGGAGGGGGACAAAACUAGAGAUUUGGGGAGGCUCGGAGGGACGCCGACCUCGGUGCCUGCAGAUUGGCCAUGAAGCUUGUGACCGUCGCCUUCCUCCUGCUCUUCGUCGCCAUAUGCUCCGUGGGAGUGGAUGGGUCAAAAUGUAAGUGUUCAAGAAAAGGUCCAAAGAUAAGAUACAGCGAUGUGAAGAAACUAGAAGUGAAACCCAAGUAUCCUCACUGUGAAGAAAAGAUGGUUAUCAUAACCACAAAGAGUGUGUCCCGGUACCGAGGCCAGGAACACUGCCUACACCCCAAACUGCAGAGCACAAAGAAGUUCAUUAAGUGGUACAAUGCCUGGAAUGAGAAGCGCAGGGUCUACGAAGAAUAGCAUGGGAAAAUCGUAGUUAGCAAAAUCUGAAGUGGCUGGCAGACUUAAGCAAUGGACUCUGCUGAGAAAUCUUUCCUUCUCACAGACAUAAGACACAGAUUAUCUAUUAUUGCAAAGCACUUUUUUCAGAGGGUCAGUUUUUACAUUUUAUAGCUUCCAGAUGUCAUAACUGUCUCUUGCACUCCAGAUUUCAUAACUGCCUGCUCUACACUGAAAUUGGGACACUCAUGCUUUUCAUUUUUAAAAAAUGCUUUUUUGUACCGGUUCAUACGUCACUAUGAUCGCACUUGAGCUUUAUAAGCUCAUUAGCUGGACAAUAAUCUUCACUAAGAUAUUUUGUAAUGGGUUUCCUUUCCUCCAGGCCCAGGGAACCUUCUCCUUGUGAUUUUGUGCAGCUUUGAGGAUGCUGGGUAACCUAAGGGGUUGCCCCCCAAGUUCCCACACUGCGUACCACACCUCUCUCUCUCAUAUAAUGGAACUCCUUGAAGGUGGGUCCCCCAGUCACUGAUCAUUUGAGAAACUGUCCCAGGAGCUUUCUUUACCUGGUUGCCAGGGGAAAUGAGGGCUGUUUCCUCACUUAAUCUUUUCCCAUGUGAAAAAAGCCAGGCGGAGGCAACUGAAUGACAAAGGACUGUUGCCCAAAGAGGUUCAUUUUUCCUACCAGGUGGGCUUGUGAAAUGCACACUGCUGCAACCUGGAGGAGAUCUUUUAAAGCUUCCAAAAAAGAACAAAUGGUUCCCUAGAUUUCUAGUGAAAAUCUUUAAAGAAAACCUUUUGCUAUAUAGAUACACACACACAGGUACACCCUCACAUUCUUUCUCGCUCUCUUUCUCUCCCUUGAAAAAGGACCAUAUAUUGGCAUGUUGCUUUGGAGACAGGACAUGCAGUACUAAAGCAAUAUAUUUGUUACUUUGAAUGUAAUUCUUCUUCGAUGGUAAGCAGUGCAGUGCUCUCUUUGAAAAUAACAAAACUACCUUUUCCCUUGUAAAUACGCUCUAGGGAAGCUCCAUAUCCUGCUCCUUCAGUAUAAUGGAUUGUACUGCUAAAUUAUCAUAUGCUAUUUAAAUGUUUGAAGUAAUUAGAAUUGCAUGCAGAUUUCAUAUUUCUUUCUAAGACAAACAGAAAAGUAAUAAAAUAUAUUUAAAAGGUA